UUUACAUCUAACUUCAUGGCUCAUGAUUGUUUACAAUUUGACUUUUUUGAAAUGGUCUAGAAAUUCUUUAAAAAAAUACUUGUUUGUGUCUGAUUAAAAUAGUCUUUUCAUGACGAAAUGUAGUUUAAUAAGUUCAAAAAAUUAGUUCUCUUGAUAAGUCGGUUAUUAUUCUAUAGUCGCAAGGCGAUUUCAAGUGUUGACACAGCACAGAUUUGUCUAAAAAUGCCUUCGCCUACGCGAGUUUGCAUUGAGCACUUUUUGGGGUCCUUUUUGGUUAUCUCGGUAAUGGGCGCUUUAAAUUAUUAUUACAAUUUGUCUAGUUUCGGUAUUAACGCGUUUAUUUUCUCUGUUUCGGGCCUUAUGAUUUUUACUUUGAUAUGGAUCUCCUUUACUGACCAAGUAUUUGAAAUUUCUUGGCGUUCAGCAAUGCUAGGUGGUUUUUUCUCUAUGGGUAUUUACAUUUUCCUCACCAGUCCCCAGCAUAUAAAAAUAUUUGGACUCUACAUGUCUGUGAUGGCUUUCUUCCAUUUCACUGAAUUUUUAUCUAUAUCCAUCAUUCAACCUUCAAAAGUUUCAAAGGACUCGUUUGUGAUUAAUCACAGCCCCCAAUAUACUAUGGCAGCAGUUACUUCUUGGAUUGAGUUCUUCAUAGAGGCGUACUUUUGGCCUGGAUUGAAGCAAUAUUUUUGUUAUGUGUCUUAUAUUGGAUUGGCUCUUUGCAUUGCUGGAGAGUGCUUGAGAAAACUAGCGAUGCUUACUGCUAGAGGGAAUUUCAAUCAUUUGGUACAAUGUGAAAAGGCAAAAGACCAUGUACUCGUCACUGGUGGUAUAUAUUCAUUAUUUCGUCAUCCAAGCUAUGUGGGAUGGUUUUACUGGGCUAUUGGGACUCAGCUAAUCCUUGUCAAUCCUAUUUGCUUACCAGCUUACAUUUUUGCCUCAUGGUCGUUCUUUAAAAGCAGGAUUUAUAUUGAGGAAAUUACUUUGCUAAAUUUUUUCGGACAACAGUAUGUGGAUUAUCAGAAGAUAGUUGGAACAGGAAUUCCUUUUAUUAAAGGCUACCAAAUUUAAAAAAACAUAAUAUCAGAAAAUUAAAACAUUGAGAUUCUAUUAUACGUAGGUAUACAUGAAAAUAUCAAGAUUAAGUAGAUGUCUAAUAAUAUAGGAUAUUUCUAAAUACAUAUUAAGCUUAAGCUCAUAAACAAUAAUGACAAUAUGUAUUUUUUUUUUUUUCAAAAUUGAUUUCUGUAUAAAUAUAACGCACAUAAGCUUGAUUUUCUUCAAUUAUUAUACCAUGAAUGUGAUGUCUUUUGUAGCUAUAGGUACCUUCUACAUUAUUGUAUUAUUAACUUGUUUUGGUAAAUCUUGUGCCAUAAAGACUAACAAAUUUACAAUAUAAAUUUAUAAUCAACUUUAUUUAGGUAGGUACUUAGAAUGCUAACUGAUUCAAGUAACAGGGUGUUUUGUAAUGGAAGUGUGUAGGUAAUGGCAAGUUACGUAAUUUUUUAUAUUUUAUAAUAUAUUUUGUUUAAACUGUCUCAAAAGUUUUCUAAAAUAAAUGUUAUUAUGUUAA